AUGGAGCCGCCUCGGUGCCUGUGCGAGAUCUGCACCUGCGGGCGCCAUCGCUGCCCUCAUAAACCCACAAGGAUUUAUGAUAAUGGACAACAGCCAUGCCUCACAACAGAGUAUGUGGAAAAAUAUCCCAAGUAUAGCAACAUCUCUCCUCGUCGGAGCCUUAAGCCGAAACAAGAGUACCAAAUGCAUCGUGGGAAAAUGGAAGGAAUUACAACUUUCAAAUCUGAUUAUUUACCAUAUGAUAUUGUGAAGCGACCUUUUCGAGUACAGGAAGAAUAUAAACCAAAGACGGGAGAGAUAGAACUGGGAACCACAUACCAGAAAGAUUAUAAUGCUCAUAAAAUACAACCAGUGACAUUAGUAAGACCUCUAGAGAGAAAACACACUGCAGGACGAAAAUUGGAUACCAUACCAACCUAUCAAGACGACUAUAGGUCAUGGGAAGUUCAAAGAAGGGAAACUAGUAAGGUGGAGCAUACAUACCACCCACCCACCACGAAGUUUGGAAAUUCUACUACGUUUCAAGAUGACUUUGUUCCUCGGGAACUGAAUCCCAGACAAAGUUUCAAACCUCCUUGUGUAGCCAAGCUUUCAGAUGUGCCUUUUGAUAGUACUACAAGCCAUCGCUCUUCUUAUAUUGCUCAUCAACUGGAACCCAAAUUCGUAAGAUCAAAAGAAGAGUACAAGCCAAGCAGCCAACCCUUUGAAGAUCUCACAACCCACCGGAAUGAUUUUAAAGGGCUACCUGGGCAACUGGCAAAAAGCUGCAAGCCUGAAUAUGCAAAAGUCGGAUCCAAUGUUCAUUUUAAUGGAGUCACUGAAUUCCAGGAUCGUUUUCAGCCAUGGUUGGUCUCCUUGCCUGAGGUCCGCAAAAUGAAAGAGUACGUUCCACCCCCAGGCAACAUGGAUUUUAACUCCACAAGCCAUCUUGAUUAUGUUAAGCAUGACAUUCUUCCUGCUGUUCCCAUAAGACCAGUUUCGAAUGGAAGAAGAAUCAAUGCUCCUUUUCAAGGGAAUACUACUACAAAGGAAGACUUUAAAGCUUGGGGCACCUGUCGGCAAGAGAUUAUUAAGAAACAAGAGGAAAUUCCAAAACCCACAGGAAAAUUUUAUGAUUUAACUACGUUCAAAUCUCAUUAUGUCCCACAUCAGAUCACUCCAGUGCAAAGUUUCAAACCUGUUCAUGCUAUUCCUAAUUCAGCACCUUUUCAAGAUGGAACUAUGUAUCGCACAGAAUACACACCAAAGAAACAAGAGAUCUGCCCAGCAAAUUAUCCAUCUCCUCCAGGUUAUGUCUAUGUAAACACAGAUUCUCAUGGUCACAAAUUCUUCCACCAGCUUACUCCAGAAUUUUCUGAGUCAAACAGUAAUCCCAUUCCAAAGGAAGUAGCUGUUGUGUCGUAA